UCUGGGUCCAGCAGUCCUCCUUAUCUUUGAAUUUUUCCAUUAUAAUAGAAUUGCCUAGUGUUAUUUUUUGAAUUUGUUGAGGAUAAUUUGACGCUCAUGCAGUUUUGCAGUUUUCCAGACCAGGCUGUGUGAUUAUCAAAAGUCCCCAAUUUGUUCCUUCUCUGCCCCCCCCUCUCCAAUUUUGACGUUGCAAACAAAAUAAGAAAAUGUCUAUGUUUCUUGGUAUCAAAAGCCAGUGCCUCUUUCCUUUUCACAUCCAUUUCAAGAACCGCCCAAUUGAAGUUCUUUUUCCUCAGACUUGUUUUUUAAAAUUCAGAGAUGGACCCAGAUACCGCAAUUACAUCCUGGCGAAAGCCGAAGACAAAGCCAGAGAAAAUUCGGAGCCGCAGAUUGAGGAACUAACAACAUCAUCAGGAACAUGUGAUCCUUUGUGUUCAGUUGAUGAAACAAGCUCACAAGAAUUUGAAGCUACUUACCAACCAAAGACAGAUUUACUGAAGGCCUUUGCCAUUCUUGCGGCGGCUGUCACUGGUACAGUAGCAAUAAAUCAAUCAUGGGUGGCUGCAAAUCAGGAUAUUGCAAUGGCGUUGUUGUUUGGAGUAGGAUAUAUGGGCAUCAUAUUUGAAGAGUCUCUUGCAUUCAACAAAAGUGGAGUAGGACUUCUGAUGGCUGUGAGUUUAUGGGUCGUUCGAAGCAUUGGGGCCCCUUCAAAUGACAUAGCUCUUUCCCAGUUGUCACAUGCGACUGCUGAAGUUAGUGAAAUAGUGUUCUUUUUGCUUGGUGCGAUGACCAUCGUUGAGAUAGUUGAUGCUCAUCAGGGAUUUAAGUUGGUUACUGACAACAUCACUACUCGCAAGCCAACAACUCUGCUUUGGGUGGUAGGUUUUGUGACUUUCUUCCUCAGUUCAAUCCUUGAUAAUCUGACUUCUACUAUUGUGAUGGUCUCCUUAUUGAGGAAACUGGCACCACCUUCAGAAUACCGAAAGCUUCUUGGUGCUGUUGUUGUUAUAGCAGCAAAUGCUGGCGGAGCAUGGACUCCCAUAGGUGAUGUUACAACUACAAUGCUCUGGAUACAUGGCCAAAUAUCCACGAUACCGACGAUGAAGGGUUUAUUUUUACCAUCAGUAGUUUCUCUAGCUGUUCCUUUGGCUCUGCUGUCCCUUACAAGUGAAGUGAAUGGGAAAGGACAAAACCCUGCUGAGGUUCUGGCAUCCGAACAGAUGGCUCCUCGAGGACAGCUAGUUUUCGCAGUAGGACUUGGGGCUUUAGUGUUUGUACCAGUUUUCAAGGCCUUGACUGGUCUACCACCAUACAUGGGUAUGCUGCUUGGACUGGGAGUUCUUUGGAUAAUCACAGAUGCGAUUCACUAUGGAGAAUCUGAAAGACAGCGGCUGAAAGUACCACAGGCUUUGUCACGCAUUGAUACUCAAGGAGCUCUAUUCUUCCUUGGAAUCCUAUUGUCCGUUAGCAGCCUGGAAGCAGCAGGUAUUUUGCGAGAAUUGGCAAAUUACCUUGAUGCCCAUAUACCAAGUAGUGAACUCAUUGCAAGCUCAAUCGGGGUUGUGUCAGCAAUCAUAGACAAUGUUCCUCUGGUUGCAGCCACCAUGGGAAUGUAUGACCUAUCUUCCUUUCCCCAAGAUUCUGAAUUCUGGCAGCUAGUAGCUUUUUGUGCUGGUACUGGUGGAUCCAUGCUAGUAAUUGGUUCAGCAGCUGGAGUAGCAUUUAUGGGAAUGGAAAAAGUCGACUUCUUUUGGUAUAUGAGAAAGGUUAGUGGGUUUGCUUUUGCUGGUUAUGCUGCUGGUAUUGCUGCGUAUCUUGCAGUAUAUAAUCUCGACAUCUCACUCCCUACAGCUCUGGCUCAAAUUCCUUUUCUUCAUGGAUCUUAAUGUAAUUCGGAUGAUCAUUGGAGCUAUCCAGUAAAUCUGAUCGUUUAUGUAUUCUCAGCAUCAAGUUAAUGAGCAGAACAUAUGAAUGCAAAUCCAGAACCUUUAGUGGUGAGAUGAAAAUGCCAUAUAGCAAAUUCUUUAGAACUACCAGUGUGGGUUGGGGAUUAAAGCCCCCACAUAAUGUAAUUUAUUGAUUCUAGUAGUUUAAUAAUGUAAUGUUUCUCAACUGCAUUAAUAAUUCAUGGUAACCGUGGGUUGCUGGAAACCUACUCCACCCAACCCACUCUCUCUCUUCUUUA